CAGGAGGCGGUCGGCGUACAAAUGAUCGCUCGCGCCACGACUCGCUCGUCAUCGACCUGACCUUCACUAUGCCACGACUCGUGCGCAAACGCCCUCUGAUCGAGCGUAUCAAGGCGUACCUCGACCCGUGGGAUCUGCUCCUAUGGCUGGCAGAAGAGCUCAAUGACGACGCAUACGAUGAGUGGCUGCAGUUGUGGUCUACGCCGAUCGGGCUCGGUCUGAAUAUCACAUACAUCCUCGCUAAAGGCGCGAGCGCAAGAGGAGCAGGAGCAGGAGGCGACGAUGUGUUUGGCGACGAUGGCAGCAGUGGAAGUGGAUGGUUUGCCUGGCUGGCUUCUCUCCUUGUUUACGCUUUGACUAUACUAUGCUGCACCAACGCUCUCUUCACCUUCUGGAAACGGAGAUCAUACCGCCUCUUUGAGCAGGCCGUGGAUGUACCGCCGCCCACUCCUUCAGCACAUCGCGUGCGAGUCGACAGCUCGCCCAUGUCAUCUUCUCCACUACGAUACCUGCAGGCCGUAAUGUCUUCUGCAACAGCCUCGUCACGAGCAUACCCCGAUGCUGAGCGUGAAGUCUGGGAGCUCACCAUCUGGGAUCCAAAGCCCUUCAACCUCAGCAUCUUCACUUUGUUCUCGCCUGGCCACCUGGUCAUCUACAGUCUGCUUCUUCCACCAGCAGCUAUGGACCCGCGACCCUCUGUCACAGUGUUCACAGCAAUUGCCUUUAGUGCACUUCUUUCGGCACAGCUAUGGAUGCUCAAGGCCUCUUUCAGCCAGCAAUCCAAAGAUACCUCGCUCGUUCACGGAGAAGUAAUGAACGAGUAUGACACCAAAUUCGUGCAUCCAAAUCUCAUCCGACCUAUGCGAGACGUCGGAAUCCAGACUCGUGUCAACGGCAGCACACCACGCGCUACGCAGACCCGAGAGGUUGACGUCUAUACACCGACGACAAUCAUCAAGCGUGGCUUCAAGACGCAUCCAAACACGAACUACGCUCGACAGUACGAUCCCGACGACCUGUCAUCACGUCCAACAGAAUCCAGGCGGCAUUCUGGAGUCAAUUUGACCCCGACUACAGCUGGCUACCUGAACGGAUCGACGCAGUCCUACUCGAGACCAAGCACUGCUGCCACCGACUUUUCUUCUCCCCUCAAGCCACAUCACGAGAGGCUGAGGGAGCGAAGUCCGGUGAAGGGAGAUGGAGGUAGCAUGGGAGUGUACAGUCACGCCGCAAGUCCGCUCAGAAAAGCUGCUAGUAGCAACCAGCUGAGACCAGGGCGCGAGGAUUUGAGGAGGACGAUUGCGAGCCCGCUGAAGCGCACAAGUACGCCAGGGAGCGGAGCUCUUGAUCCUUCAGAUCGCGCUCGCCGUAGAGAGACGGGCAGGUUCUAGAUACUGUCCGAAGGAAGCGUCAAUGCACAAAGACUUUUCUGAUUUUCAUUUUCUGCCCAAGUACCUAUGCUUUUUUAGCAAAACCA